GUGAUGACGUAGAAUUUGCGCGACGGAGUGAAAAGUCAGGAUUCAACUACGGUUCGUUGGUACGUAACAACGUUUCAUUGGAAUCCUGUACCAAUCAAUAUACUCAAGGAAUGCACCUAUAACAAACAUUAAACAUGACACGUUGCAUUAGUAACUAAUUCUCUCGGGCAAAGCGUUUGAUGACUUUUAUCGGAGCGAUGCUAGAUUCGCCAGCUAUCCGUGACGUGCUAAAGUUGAGCUGUUAGCCGAAGGUCCACUUGUUGAAUCAUCACUUCGUGCCGAAAGUAGUCAGGUUUUAAACCAUGGGGGACGUGAAGACCCCAGACUUUGAUGAUUUGCUAGCAGCCUUUGAUAUUCCUGACAUUGAUGCCAUCCAGUCAAGUCCAGAAGAGGAUGAUGUUUCUACUCAUGAAAGAAAACAUUCACCCCAACCUGGCUCCCCUACUUUGCACUUUCCCCCUCCUGCCGUCAGCGUGAUAGUGAUGAACACCGUGCGACCCUGCGAUGAAGAUGAUGACGAUGAUGGAACGAAAAACGACCAUGCAAGCUCUCUUUUAGAGUCUCAUCUCAAGAUGAAUGUCAGUGCCGCCCAGCUUGCCAACUGCCUUAAUGGGUCUGCAGUUAGUGACCAGCAAGGAUCCAGCGCGGCGCCACAGCACCAGCAUUCACCGCUGAACGAUGACAACGAAGGCGAUGCGAUGGAGAUUGCGUCGGUCAGGGACAUGAUUGAAGAUGUGAUCAGUUUGAAGUCCCAGCAGCAACUGGAGUCCACCCAAUUAUCUAUUCCUCCCUCUCCUCGGUCUGGCUUGCCUCGAAAGGAAGAAGCACACCUCCUCCCUCAUGCGCCGUCUUCACCUUUAUCACACAACGGGGAUUUGGGCAAAAAGAACACCUCUCACUUGGACGAGGACGACUCAGAACCAGACUUGGGAAGCCCACUGGUGAUCCACGAAAGCCCAGAAUUCAUCAUGCCGUCGCCUCCGAAAUUGAAACACAGCGUCAGACAUCAACCGGAGCUGUGCGUCUCUCCCGAGACCACCUCGUGCACUCUUGAAACGCUGACUGAGCAGGAGGAGAAGCCCGUUUCCAUCGCAGCGCCACCGGCGGGCCCUCAGAGCUCUCAUUUGGCACCAGUGCAAGAGGAGAAAUACCCUGAGCAUGUGAUUGACGAAAGGGAGUCUCCUGAGAGUCCACCGCCCAGUGAGACGGGGCUCCCGUUUCCCAAUCGGGGCCCUGAGUCGGGAAACCACAGCAGUGAGCCCAACCAAGAAGACAGAGCUGAUGACAGUCAAACUCCCAACGAGGAUCCGUCCGACACCGUGUCGGCUAAAACAGAACCACCCGAAUUGUUGCCCCUCAAAGUUAAAAUCAAAGUGCCCGCGGGGAGUUUAAUGAAGACGACACUCAAAAGAGGUUCGAGAGCCACUUCUAAGGGUGCGGAUUCGUCCAAAUCUUCAUCAAAGGCUCACAAUCCGAAAAACAAGAGGGGCGGUUCUCAGCAGUCUCGCGCAGGGCUUCCAGAAAUCAAAGACAAACGUUCAGUGGCCAUGAAAUCGAAAUUCACCCGCGCCGUUGUGAGCGUGGCCAAAACCACACCUUUUCCUCCCACGACCGGCCCCGGUGGCGUCAACCUGCGCUUGCUGGGUCAGAAGACUCUGCAGAGUUCCCCUCAGGGCAGCAGCCGGCCCGCCUCCAUUGUGAACAGCAGCGGGGCCAUCAUCUCCAAGAGCCAGACCAACCUGGUGGAAAGCUUCAAUAAGAUUCUCACCAAUAAGAACCUGCUGCCCAGCUAUAAACCCGACCUGAGCUCGCCUCCCGCCGAGUGGGGCCUUCCUUUGCCCGCUCAGGGUUAUCGAUGUUUGGAGUGCGGCGACGCCUUCGCUUUGGAGCAGAGUCUGGCCCGCCACUACGACCGGCGCUCGCUGCGCAUCGAGGUGACGUGCAACCACUGCUCCAAGCGCCUGGCCUUCUACAACAAGUGCAGCCUUCUUCUCCACGCCCGCGAGCACAAGGAGCGAGGCCUGAUCAUGCAAUGCUCGCACCUUGUCAUGAAACCCGUGCCCUUGGAGCAGAUGAUAAGCCAGAUUGAACUCAACGGUCAGUCUACCCUGCAGGGCAAAGCGCAACAAUGCCAAUCGGCCCCUAGCAAGAAAUCGGACGCGGCGCAGCACAUCGGAUAUAAAUGUCUCGAAUGUCAGACAAAGUUCGACGGCAAAAAAGAAGUGAUCCAGCAUUUCCAAGAAAUCAAACAAGCCGAAAGCACACCGUGCACGGAAUGCUCGCCGCCGAUGCUGCUGCCCAACGCCUGCAGCGCGGCGGCUCACCAGCGCAUCCAUCGAGGCAGCGCGCCGCCGCACGUCUGCCCCGAGUGCGGCGGCACGGUCAAGCCGGAAGCCUUCCAGUCGCACCUUGAUCACGUUUGUUUGCACUUUUCCCGACGCGUCGGCUACAGAUGCCCCAGUUGCUUGGUGGUGUUUGGCGGGCUGAAUUCGGUGAAGGCUCACAUCCAACAAGCCCACUGUGACAUUUUCCACAAGUGCCUCAGCUGCCCCAUGGCCUUCAAAUCGGCGCCCAGCAUCCAGAGCCACAUCAGCGCGCAGCAUCCCACCGUAACCAACGGCCAGGCCAUGCUGAUCUACAAAUGCGUGAUGUGCGCCACGGUUUUCACGCAAAAGUCUUUGCUGUACAACCAUUUUGACACACAUUUAGCCAGUCAAAAGGUUCACGUGUAUAAAUGCCCGGAUUGCAACAAGAUGUUUCCUCAGAGAAAUAUACUCAUGGAGCAUUUCAAGAGUCACAAGUCAUCCAAGCUAGCGUUAGCCUCCGCCCCAGCUGCUGCUUCUUCCUGUCCUCAGCCCGCAGUCAAGUUAGAAAGUUCGGACGGGGAAGACGGCGAGGAGGUCGUCGUUAACGCCGGGGCGACGGUGGCCACCACGGGGUGGACGUGCGUUCACUGCCACGAAUGCUACGCUGACUCACAAGAGUACAUAAGUCACAUGGCGAAACAACAUGGCAAGACCUUGAAAAACUUCCCUUGUAACAAAUGCGAGAGCUCCUUCUCCUCCGCAUCCAGCCUGAGACGCCACAUCCGCGAGAAACACAAGGCCGCCAGUCGCUUCCGCUGCCAGUUCUGCACAGGCAGCAAGAAAACAUUCAGCAGCAGAGCCAUGUUGGACAAACACGUCCAGCUUCGACACGGCAUGGACGCCAUGAGCCAGGAGCAGGGAGCCACAGAUGAGGCCGACAGCUCCUCGGAACUGGACGGCGCUUCGCUGACCCGUCGCAGACGACGAGCGGCCGUCAAGACGGAACGCGACGACGAGUUCGCUCCCUCGAAAAAGUCAAGGUCGGCCUCCGCGCCUUAUUCUCCCCCCGAGUCCGGGUUCCGUUGCGCCCCUUGCGGCUUCACCACGGAAGACCAGCCCACCUUCCAGGCGCACAUCAUCCAGCAUCGGGUGGGGGCGGACGGCGGCGGGCAGCAGUGCGCACAGUGCGGCGCCUGCUUCACGUCUACCAAGUCGCUGGCACGCCACCUCUUCAUCACCCACAAGGUACGCGACGUGCUCACCGAGCAGCAUAAAGACCAGAGCGCGGCGGCGGCCGCGGCGGCCCUGUCCCCCGUCAACAACAAGAAAGCCGAGGAGAAUUCUCUCGGCUGCCCCGCCUCGCCCUCCUCGCAAAGUCAGGGCAAGGAAGAUGACGACGCGCUGAGCUGUAAAGUGUGCGGCAAGCACUUUGACAAGGCCACGGAUCUCAACACGCACUUCCGAACUCACGGCAUGGCUUUUAUCAAUGCAAGAAACACGGGGAAACCAACUUAGCGCGUGAGUAGACCUUCACGUCGUGCCUUAUCGUAUAUGAUAUUGAGCAUUUUUGACUUCACGGUCAAAAGGUAAAACCCCCUUUUUGAAAAUGUGACCGCUUGAAAAAUGUCCUCCUCAAACCUGUUUUGCUCAGGUCAGAUUGCAGACAUCAUCCAAAGUGAAAUCCCGCGGAUCGGUUUUGCGUUUUGUCCAUUGGUUGCGUUUGAAGCUCAACCAAUCAAAGAUGAUUCCCGUAAGCCUUAACCUUCCACGCGUGACGGACACUCAGGAUAUCAAAUACAGUGGAACUUCCAAGCUGUUCUGAUUUCAAAACAAAUAUGAUUCACUUAAUAAGUGGGAAAACACCGAAAUGUUAUUCCGUAGCAGGUAGGACAAUAGAUUUGUACUUACAAAGGCUUUAGAAAAUUUUAAAUCACAAUGCACUCCUCGUCACAUAGACCCACCUAAAAAAAGAAAAAAGAGAAAAAAAAGCUGACCUUGCAAUGUACAAGCCAUUCUUCUUUUAUAACUGAUGUAGAACACAUUGUAAUGUACCGAGCAGCCAGGAGUGACUCAUCUCACACACACAAAAAAAAAAAAAGAAAUACAAAGGGAAAAGUUCAGAAUGUACUCGGGAGGUUCCACUGUAGUUAGAAAGUAGACCGAUGACCUCCGAAACAAUUAAAAAAAAAAAAAAAGGAUCUGCAGCAAUGUUCCCUAAACUGUUUUAAGCCAAGGCACAUUUUUACUUUUGCAAAAAUUCCACGCAAAGUCCCUAUUCACUGCGUUCUCAUCUAAAUUUACUCACAAAAAUACUUCUGACUUUUGCUGGCUUGGAAAGAUGAACAAAGAUAUAUUUUUGUAGUAAAUGUUAUUCGUAGCGGUGAAAUUCAACGGGAAAUUCAUGCUUGAGUUGAUUUAGCAGCGCUUUGAGCGCUCAGUUAUCAGUUUUUGUCGUAAACAUCUCAAAGCUUCGAAACUGAUAAGCGACUUAUGAUCACAAAUUAAUAUUUAAAUUGUUUGCUUGUAGAGUGUUGUUGAUAUCAAAGCUAUGUGUAUCUCGUUCUUACCGCAAAAAAGAGUUCAAAUGAUUGUAAUCAGUCGCUCAGUGGAUGUUAAAGCGUUUUUCUUUUUUUUUUUUUUAUAAAAAUGUCCUUUGUGUAUAGUUAACCAUCUGUGAUCAAUCUGUCUCAGGUGAGCAAUCGACGCUUUAGCAAGGGUUUUUAUCUAGAUGCUCAAAUGUCUAUGGAGAAAAAUGAAUAAAAAUGUGGCACAUUGUCACAUGAUUCAUUUGUCAUCUUUAUUUCCGUCCUUCAAACUUACACCAAGAAUUAAAAAAAAAAAAAUCUAAAUGAGUAACCAGCCUGUUAUGCAUCGAUAUUGAUGGUCGCCAUUUUAGCAUUAAUACCAAUGUGAAGAUCGGGGUUGGUGAAAUGCUCUGAAAGACAUAAUGGGACAUAAUAGAUAAGAACAUUUAUUUUAUUUGAAAUCAAUAUUGAGACUGUAAAAAAAAAAUUCUAUUGUUCAAAAGCUUUUUGAUGUUUAAUUUUUUUAUACCCCCCCCCCACACACACACAAUGAUUUAAGUUUUUAUUGUGAUUGACAGCCACAACCCUAUUAAAGAGGGUGUGCACAUUUAUGCAACCACAUUCUCUCUCUCCUUCCCUUUCAAUUUAUUUUCUAUUAUGAGUACUUGUGUUACUCACCAGCAGCAAACGCACGAAUGCGAGUGGGCUUUUUAAGAAGCACUUCUCUGAAAAACAAAUCUCUUGUGGUUAUUUUAGCAGACACACAUACUGUAGAAAAAACGAAAUGAUCAAACCUGAGAAAAUCUUCAACCAUGACCUCCACCUCGGGAUGAGCCAUCAGAUAAUGCUCAUUAUCGAUCCUCGUCUGGAUCUGGUGUCAAAUAAGAGAUUUCAUCAAGUGUCCACGUCCUCACGUCGCGUAUUUUUUAUAUUUUUUUGUCUUACUUUGAACUGGCGCAGUUUCUCCAGUUGUUCGGCAUUCAGGACGCCAAAGCCGCCUUGAACAGACAUUUGUGCUUUUGGGGGUCCAAAUUAGGCUUAAAAGUACAAAAACAUGGCGGUCAUCUGCCAAUGACACAAACAACCGUUGCUAUGGAAACGCUCGCUUGCAGUUAUACGUUGUGUCCACAGGAGGGCGACAUAACGGCUGAUAGAAAUCAUUGAUACGCUUCACGUUUAAUUGCUUUUGAGACAAAAUGGAAACAAUGACAUCAUAAACGGGUAUUGCCAACUGUUUUCAUUCAGGUGGAGCUAUAUACAAACAACAUGGUAGGAAAUUCAUCAAUCCACUGUACAAUAUAUAAUAAAAACAGAGUAGCUUAAAAAGACAGACUCGUUUAUUUUUCUUACCCUUUGCUUCUUUUAUGUGCUACAUAAAAAGCCUGAAAUACAAGCAGAGAGUAAAAGGAAUGAAAAAAUAUUCCAGUAGAAUAAUGGGCAGUUGUUGCCCAAUAUUGUGACAUAAGCAAUUGGCCAACGGAUACAGAGUCACGGAUGUGACUGUCACAGUUUAUUGUCACACCUUUUAUAUUUAUAUCUAAAAGCUUUUGCUGGUGUUGUUAUAAACAUUCCGAGUUCAUUUUAUCGUCUCACUCGCUCUGCGUGAAAAAAUAGCUUGUAUUGUUAAAGUGAAUUGCUUCUCUUUUCUCUGUCUCCGCAUCAAUUUCGCCUGGAACCUCUUCCUCCUCACUAACGGGGAGUUCUUCCUCGGGACGCGGGGUGUCAAAGGUCACCAGGGCUUGACCUUCCGGUGCGACCGGGACAGCAGGUUUGGGUUGGGCUGGUCCUUUGUAUUUGCUCCUGAAACUCAGACUGUGCACCUUGGCAAGGAAUUUUUCUUUGUGUCUGAAAUGGAACAAAUGUUAAAAUGACAAUUUUAUCAAGUUAGUGCCCCCAAAAAUGAAAAUAUCUGACUGUACAAUGAUUACGCAUCCACACGAUGUAAUUUGAGUUUUACCUGAACAUAUAAGCAGCCAAAAUAAUGGCGAGGAUAGCAAACAAGCAGGAGAUCCAAAUGAUAUGAUGUGACAUCGUUAUGGGACUGACGCUCAAUUCGGGAAUUGCUGCAAAGACACAAGAGCCACGACCAGCCAAAGCUGGCUCACCUUCAGAUGGUUCCUCUGUGCCCGAACCUUCAUCCUCAGGAAACUACAGGAUCAAUGGAAAAAAAAAAAGGUAAAAGGGUGAAUUUGCUGUUCUAAAAAAUAAAUCAAAUUUUAUAGUGACACUAGCAAGUUUCUUUACCGUUAGAUUCAGCAGAUCAUCACUCAGCAAGUCAAUCGACUCAUGUGUCCUUAAGUCUGAAAUGAAACAUAAAGCUUGUGAAAGUACAGUACAUCCUUUUUAAUUAAUUUCAUCCAACAGCUACACUGUGUUUAUUAUGAUCGAUGUGAUUUAUUUUUGUUAAAAACAGAAGAACAGUUUGCCUUUUAAGAUUUUUUUUUUUUUUAAAUACAUAUUCAAGAGAAACAAAGAACGGAAGAGUACCAAUUGGCAGCAAAAAAGUAGGUGUGCGGCGCCGUAUUUAUAACCUUGCUUUCCUUGGAAUGCAUUUCGGAAAGUCAAACAUACAGGAAGGAAAUCAAAGUGCCAACGUUUGAGUCUAGGGUGGAUCAACAAGUGCUGCUUUCGGACAGGACAAGAUCUUAAUCACACUUCCGACAAUACAUGAUGUUAUUUUGUCAUUAAGAAUGAUUUUUUAUUUUGAAUAAUUACCAAUCCAGCUGCUGCCAUAAACGGGUGCAGUCCAUUUACUCCAGAGACCAUCAAAUUCAUCCUUCGUUCUGAUCUGGAUCAUGUACUUCACGCCCGAGAUCACGUCGGUGAUAGUGAACGAGCGGCGGCCUUUGAUCGACUUCAGCUGACAACACAAACCACAUCGAACACACCAGCAGCGGGACCACUGGGAGGAGAAGGAACAUCGAGCACGAUGGAAACUGUCACUGGGCCUGGGCCAGAACCAGAGACGAAAGGGUCAUUCACUCAAGAGGACAUAAACAUCGGAAAAUUACAGCUUUAAAUAACUCCAUUGUCGUCUUUGGAAUUUGGCAUACACACCACAGAGAAAUGUUAACAUCCAAGCCAAAGCUUAACAAAGUAUAUAAAGUGUUUUAAAUUUUAAUUAAUAUUUUUAUUAUUUUAUACAUUUAUUACGCUGAUAAAAUUCAUAUCCCAACAGUGGCAACAUAUCAAGUUACAAUUCUUACCAUUUAUUGAUUAAGAUAUAGCAGUUUGGACGUAAUGUCAACGGCUUCUGAGGCGUCCAAUCACAGCGGAUCUUACUGCUGGGUGACUUUUUGGUGCAGUUCAGGCUGGGAACUUCUGGAGGUUCUACAAUAUAGCACAACCGGAAGCUUCAUCUGAAUCAUUCUCAAUGAUGCCCUUAAUUUGGGAAAAAAAUACUCAUCUAAAACUAUUAAAGCAUCUAAUUUACAUAGUGGUUAGAGAAUAUGAAGAAUGUAAACAAUUAGCAUCACAUCAUUGUGCCAUAUUUAAUUAAAGGGGAAAUCAACUUAA